AGGGAUUGAGGGAGGAUGGGAAAGGGGGUUGACGGGGGGGAGAGGGAGUGGGGAGGCAGGAUAGCCUGUGAUAAUUAUCCCUCUGCCUCCCGAGGCAUUGAUGGAUACAGCUUUAGAGAUCUCUCUCUCUCUAACCAUCUCUCUCUCUCUAACCAUCUCACUCUCUCUCUCUCUCUAACCAUCUCACUCUCUCUCUCUUUGUCUAUAGCGAUUAGGAGGAAGGAGAAUGGCUGGUAUGACGAAGAACAUCCCCUUGUCUUCCUCUUCCUCGGCUCCUCUGGAAUCGGUAAGACUGAGCUGGCCAAACAGGUGGCUCGUUAUAUGCACAAGGACCUGAAAAAGGGAUUCAUCCGCAUGGACAUGUCCGAGUUCCAGGAGAAGCACGAGGUGGCUAAAUUCAUAGGUUCUCCUCCAGGUUAUGUUGGUCAUGAAGAGGGAGGUCAGCUGACUAAACAGUUGAAGGCGUAUCCCAAUGCCGUGGUUCUAUUUGACGAGGUGGACAAGGCCCACCCAGACGUACUGACCAUCAUGCUACAGCUGUUCGAUGAGGGCCGUCUUACAGAUGGGAAGGGGAAGACCAUUGAGUGUAAGGACGCCAUCUUCAUCAUGACCUCAAACGUGGCCAGUGACGACAUCGCUCAGCAUGCAUUGCAGCUCCGCCAGGAGGCCCAGGAGCUCAGCCGCAGGAAACUGGCCGACAACCUGGACGAUGUUCAGAAGAGGGAUGAUGUCACCAUCUCCAGGCAGUUUAAGGACGCUGUAAUUCGCCCUAUUCUGAAGGCCCAUUUCCGGAGGGAUGAGUUUCUGGGGCGGAUCAAUGAGAUUGUCUACUUCCUGCCGUUCUGCCCCUCUGAACUACAGCAGCUUGUCAGCAAAGAGCUCAACUUCUGGGCCAAGAAGGCGAAGCAGAGGCAUGACAUCACUCUGCUGUGGGACCGCCCUGUUCUGGACCUGCUGGCUGGAGGUUACAACCUGCACUACGGAGCUCGUUCCAUCAAACAUGAGGUGGAGCGGAGGGUGGUCAACCAACUGGCAGCAGCCUAUGAGCAGGAGCUCCUUCCUAAGGGCUGCACCCUCCGCCUGUCUGUCCACUCAGAGGACAGGGGCGGGGCCGAGGGGCAGGAAGGGCUGGAGCAGGGCGUACCCAGUCUGCGUCUGGAGGUAGUGGGGAAGGACAGCACAGCACGGACGCUGGACAUACGCCCUCCUCUCAGCCCCGAUCACUAACACACAGCACCCACUGUGUAUAUAUACUCUGGGGUCUACUGUCGUCACAUCACCUCAUAAUAACCUAUCACCUCAUAAUAACCUAUCACCUCAUAGUCAUGAGUUGGUUUUCAUGGAGUUAAUUAAGCAAUAAGGCCCAAGGAGGUGUGGUAUAUGGCCAAUAUACCAUGGCUAAGGGCUGUUCUUAAGCACGACGCAACAUGGAGUGCCUGGACACAGCCCAUAGCUGUGGUAUAUUGGUCAUAUAUCACAAACCCCUGAGGUGCCUUAUUGCUACUUUAAACUGGUUACCAACGUAAUUAGAGUAGUAAAAAUAUUGUUUUGUCAUACCCAUAGUAUACGGUCUGAUAUACCACGGCUGUCAGACGAUCAGCUUUCAGGGCUCGAACCACCCAGUUUAUAAUGUAAAAUAAAACACGUCUCAUAAGAAACACA